AUGGUACUCUGGGGUCAAGUGCUGGGAGUCUUGCUGGUGAUCCUUGUGGGAUACCUGUGUCUUCCAGGGCUACUCCGACGACGCAAGCCCCAGGAACCUCCUCUAGACAAGGGCUCUGUGCCCUGGCUGGGCCAUGCCAUAGCUUUCCGGAAGAAUAUGUUUGAAUUCUUAAAGGGAAUGCGGGCCAAGCAUGGGGAUGUUUUCACAGUGCAGCUAGGGGGCCAGUACUUCACCUUUGUAAUGGAUCCCCUCUCCUUUGGCCCCAUCAUCAAGGACACUGAGAGAACACUAGAUUUUGUGCAGUAUGCGCAAGAACUGGUACGAAAGGUAUUUGGAUACCAACCAACAGAGGGGGACCACCAGAUGAUACAUUCAGCCAGUAGCAAGCAUCUGAUGGGAGAUAGCUUGGAGGAUCUCAAUAAGGUCAUGCUGAACAGCCUGUCCUUGAUAAUGUUGGGGCCCAAAGGCUGGAGUCUGGAUGCCAGUUUCUGGCAUGAGGAUGGUCUCUUCCAGUUCUGCUACAAUACCUUGUUCAAGGCUGGUUACCUGAGCUUGUUUGGCUAUACAAAGAAUGUGGCACAGGACCUGCUACAGGCAGAAGAGCUAUUCAUGAAGUUCCGCAGGUUUGAUCUUCUUUUUCCAAGGUUUGUCUACUCUCUGCUGAGUCCCCGGGAGUGGCUAGAAGUGGGCCAGCUCCAGCGUCUCUUUCACAAGACACUCUCUGUGGAACACAACCUGGAGAAGGAUGGCGUGAGUGGCUGGUUAUGCUACAUGCUUCAGUUUCUGAGGGAGCAGGGAGUGGCCCCAGCUAUGCAGGACAAGUUCAAUUUCAUGAUGCUCUGGGCUUCCCAAGGGAACACAGGGCCAACCUCUUUCUGGGCUCUCUUGUUCCUCCUGAAGCACCCAGAAGCCAUGCAGGCUGUGAGGAAGGAGGCCACUGAGGUCCUAGGUGAAGCCAGGCUGGAAGCCACCCAGUUCUUCACCUUCAAACUGAGCGCCUUACAACACACCCCAGUGCUGAACAGCGUAAUGGAGGAGACCCUGAGGCUGGCAGCUUCACCCACCCUCCUCAGGGCAAUACAGAAGGACUAUAUCUUGAAGAUGGCCAAUGGACAAGAGUACCUGCUCCGUCAUGGAGAUAAAGUGGCUCUCUUCCCCUACCUCUCAGUGCACAUGGACCCUGACAUCCACCCCAAGCCCACUACCUUCAAGUAUGAUCGAUUCCUGAACCCCAAUGGCAGCAGAAAAAUGCACUUCUAUAAGGAGGGCAAGAAGAUCCACCACUACAACAUGCCUUGGGGCUCAGGCGUCUCCAUCUGCCCUGGUAGGUUUUUUGCCCUCAGUGAAAUUAAACUCUUUAUUUUGAUCAUGGUCACAUAUUUUGACCUGGAGCUGAUGGACCCUGAUACACCUGUGCCCUCUAUGGACCCACAGCGCUGGGGCUUUGGCACCUUACAGCCCAGGCACGAUGUGCGCUUCCGAUACCGCCUAAAGUGUAUGGAAUAA